AUGGCGGGAGCAAACGGCACUCAAGACGGUGACAAGAUGGCACCAACAGAGACAACCGUGAGCCCCUCAUCCGCUCCGUCAACACCGUUACACAACCCGGCCGUGAACCCAGCCCACCUCCCAGUACAGUCCCAGCUCGACCUCCUGCGCCGCAUCCUAUCCACCAACCCAACGCUGCUGUGCGUCCUCCAUCUCACCGCGCAGCUCCGCCUCCCCAACUGGUACCUCGCCGGGGGCGCCAUCUCGCAGACCAUCUGGAACUACAUGUCGGGCCACGCCCCGGAGAUGGGCAUCCGCGACUACGACCUCGUCUACUACGACGCCACGGACCUGUCGUGGGAGGCCGAGGACGCCGUCAUCCAGCGCGCGCGGCGCCUGUUCCAGGACGCGGGGGGCCUGGCGGCGGCGGCGGACGUCGAGAUCCGCAACCAGGCGCGCGUGCACCUCUGGUACGGGGACAAGUUUGGCGUCGAGUGCGCGCCGCACGGGAGCGUCGAGGCGGCCAUUGACUCGUGGAUCUCGACGAGCGCCAUGGUCGGCGUCCGGCCGCGUCUGCGCGCCGACGACGUUGCAGGGGAGGACGGCGGCGAUGGCAUCAUGGACGUGGAGUGGGACGUCUACGCCCCGAGGGGCCUGUCCGACUUCUUCAACAUGGUGGUCAGGCCGAACCCCGUGCUGGGCAGGCGGGAGCAGUACAUGAAGAAGGUGGUGCGCUGGCAGCAGCACUGGGACAAGCUGGUGAUAGAGCCGUGGCCGCAUGCAUGA